AUGCAGUUUGAAGGGGAGAGCAGGAAAAGAGCUCCCGAUGGCUUAAUUCGUGGAACGGGUACCUGCACAAAAUCUCUGGAGGCUGCGAGUGAAGACAUGCCCACGGUCGAAUGUCCUGCGUAUACGAGGAUAGCAGAGGAUGUGGAGCUGGGGAAAAACUUGAUGAAAUUGUUGCCGCCUUCAGAGUCAGUGUCGCGCCAGUUCAUCACAGCAUGCAACACCUUGAAUUUGCAGCGUCAAGAAGUUCGCAGGAGUUUGGAUCGAGAUUGGAAUCAGCAGGUUCACCGAGCAGCAACUCAAGACAGCCUCGUCAAGUAUUAUGCCCACCUCACCACCCCUCCCCUUUCUGUUGUUGACUUAGCAAGGCUCAACGUGAAGUUCAAGUGGAAAGACAGCAUUGGCUACUCUAAAGCCGCCAGAGACAUCUCUGGUGAGCUGGAGAAGAACAAUCUCAUCUACAACAUCGGCGUUGCUUCUUCCUACCUCGCUACAGAGGUGUUGCAGUCUGACAAUGCAUCUCGAUUCGUUAUCGCUAAGCGACACUUCGAAGAAGCUGCAGGAGCCUUUUGGCAUGUGCGGCAGCGCAUCAUGCACGAGUCGGCUCCAGCUGGCCUCACAGCCGACAAGAUGAAUUUGGAGCUGAGGAUAGAGAGCCUGGACGCGCUGAUUGCUGUGAUGCUCUCUUAUGCUCUUCGAUGCGUCUACGAGAAGGCAAAGAUGGACAACAGCCCCCCAAAGAUCUUAGCUCGACUUGCACAUAAGGUUGCUGCAUCCUACAAUGCAUCUGCAGGCUGCAUGCAAGAGGCAGUGAGGAUGAAGCAAGGCUUGGACAAGAUGUACACGAGUUGGCAGCAGGUGAUGCAAACUUUUGUCUCUGUGAUGCAAGGGGACGCUGAUGGGAUUGUGUGCGCAAAGUAUCUUGAGUUCGAGUAUGAGUACUACCUAGCGCAGACGUAG